UACAAAAUUAUAGAAACUGGAAUGGGUCAAUUUGGACUUAUUAUGAAUUUUUUAUGAAUUAACUAAGUUUCUGCUAUUAUUUUUACUGUAAAAAGUAUUUCCCAAUUGAAUUUAUUUGAUUUUCUGCAUCCCUGGCCGAGCGCAACAUUACCAGAAAACCCAGGGGUUAAUUCAUAAAAGUUUCCCAGACUCAGAACCCAGCUUUGCGGACCGCGGGUUAUUACUGUAAAGUUCAGGGGCUUCUUAAGUAAAAUACCACGGCCGAAGGGUAUCAGCCGAUCCUAUACGUCCGAUCAUCCGCGGACGGUCCAGAUUAGAUUGCCUAUAAAACAAACCGGUACGUUAUACGGACCGUCGGAUCAAAGAUCGACGUCCACUAUUUAAUGAAGGCGCGAUCUAUUCUUACGCGUGAGAUCUCGAUCCAAGGGCUUCCACUACUUCUAAUCCUGGCCCUUAAUUUCAGCAUCUACCGCUCCCACGCAUCUUCUUCCUUACGCAGCAGCACACAUAGCCCCAGUUCUCACCGUCGAUGGGAGCAGAGUUGACCGGUAGCGGCGCUUGGAUCACGGUGAUGCGCUAUACUCCGACGUCCAGUCCCCUUGCCUCGUGGUCGCACCAGACCACGGCUCGGCCGAGCGCUAGUGACUCGCGCCGCGAGCCCCGGUGGACGACGGCGACCGCGCACUGGAACGCUCCGCUCCCGGCAACCACCCGCACCGGCAGCACCACCCAACUUGCUCUCGGCGGCUGUGAGACCGGGUGCCGUAUGGACGUAUGGGUUCUGGCUUCUACUGGUCAAUCGAGAUGGCAGACCAGGGGGCCGACGCUUUGUAGGGCGAGCAGAGGCGAGGAUUGUGGCAGUUCUACCGUGCUUGAGGCUAACACCGACGACGGACUGGGCCAACGCUGGCGCCGCUCUACGACUGCGAGGAGGAUGAGAGAGUGGGGAAGGAACGGGAGCUGGAUCCGCGAGGGGAGGCUUUAUGCCGCUGAAGAGAUGCGGCCGCCGCGGAACUCACGCAAUCCACUGCCGAACUGCUGCCCGGAUUUCCCCCGAGCUUUCUGGUGAAGCCGAUGUGGGGAGGAGGACCCCGACGAUGCGGUCCCGCGUGCCAGCGACAAUCUUGCGUGGGAUUUGCUCCUGGUUUGUUGAGCUACGCCAUCGGACGAACGAAGGGGACGACCCAGCGAGGGCUGGCCCACCUGGCGGCGAUAGGCAGGGAGAAGGCACUUAGCCCAUGCGGUUGAGGGAGUAUUAGGGUUGGCUGAUGCUGUGUGGCCGCGUGGUGGAGGGAAAAUGGAGAUGGGCCGCAGCGGGGUAAGAGGAAUGGGCCGAGCUCUAGCCCAUGCACGGCUUUCCUCUAUCUUUUCUUUAUUAUUUUCUGGUUUCUAUUUUCUUUGUUGUUUUCUAAUUUAAAUCUUCAAAAUUCAAAUGUCAAAUGCACAUUUCAGAGAAUUUUAGUGAAACAUAAUUGUUUAGUUUAUUUAUAUAUGCUAAAAUGUUUUCAGUUA